ACCGGUGCAGACGGACCAUGGCUAACGGUGUAGCCCGGCCAUGACCCGACCCUAUAGCGACGGGCUCUUCACCUGACCAGAUUUAGGGCAGCGGGUUGCCACGGAGACUGAGGUGCCCUGCUGGGUGUCACUGUGUAUCCCAUCGAAGGUCCCGUUUAGGCUGCACAACAAGCAGGCAGAGUGUGUAGGAGAGGAGGCGGUGGCAUGCGUACGGGCAGCAGCAGCAGCAGCAGCUGGAGGUGGCAGCUCUCCCGGGCCAUGAGACUGUCUCUGCGCUGGUUCCGGCGGUGCCGCCUGCAGAGAGGAGGCCGAGGCGGGGCGACCGAGCGGCGGAUCGGCGGCCGGCUCUUGGAGCUGUGGAGCUACAGCCGGCUGCUGCUCACGUCGCUGCACUUCAACAGCCUCACCAACGCGGACACUCUGCUGGACUGCGCCUUCGAACCCGUCUACUGGAUCGUGGACAAUGUGACCCGCUGGUUCGGAGUGGUGUUUGUCUGUCUCGUCACACUGCUGACCACCUCGGUUGUGGUCAUCGUCUACCUGUUCGUCCUGCCCACGAUUCUCAGCACCUACCCUUCGUACUGGGUCGCCUGGCACCUGAGCUGUGGCCACUGGCUUCUUACCAUGGUGGUCUUCCAUUACUACAAGGCCACCACCACCUCUCCGGGACACCCGCCCAAGGACAAAAUUCAUAUUCCCUCAGUGUCCAUCUGUAAGAAAUGCAUCACUCCAAAACCGCCCAGGACGCACCACUGCAGCAUCUGCAACGCCUGUGUUUUGAAGAUGGACCACCACUGUCCCUGGUUGAACAACUGCGUGGGCCACUUCAACCAGCGCUACUUCUUCUCCUUUUGCCUCUACAUGACGCUGGGCUGCUUCUACUGCAGCGUCAGCAGCAAAGCCCUGUUUCUGGAGGCCUACGGCGCGAUAGAGAGAUACUAUCAGACCCCGCCUCCAACCGACAUCUACAUCGAGACCACGGCUCAGAAGAGUAUCAUCUUCCUCUGGGUGUUGACCAGCACGGUGACGGUAGCUCUCGGAGGACUCACCCUUUGGCACAGCAUACUCAUCAGCAGAGCAGAGACCAGCGUGGAGCGUCACAUCAACCACAAAGAGACCAAAAGACUCCAGGAGAAGGGCAAGGUGUUCAAAAAUCCCUAUCAUCACGGUACAAUGAACAACUGGAAGUUACUGCUGGGUGUGGAAGAAAGGAGACACUGGGUCACGCGGGUCCUCUUGCCCUCCAGCCAUCUUCCCAACGAGGACGGCAUCAUGUGGGACUUUAGCUUCACCAGAACAGACCCCAUGGCCAUCUGAUCCGUUCCUCUGUAAACAACGUAGAGGCAUCGCGAGUCACAGCUCAGGACAAAGAAGAGAAGCUCCUGCUGCUACAACAUAACAAGGAAAAGGAAGCUUUGCAGUUUCACAAGUAGACGCGGGUCUUUUGCACUGUUUAAAAAGUGGGAACCACCUGGAAAUAAGCACUCGUGAUUCAUCUCGUCAGGGUCCGUCAUCAUUUCCCGGCCGUCGCUGGUCAACCGAAGGUCCAACCGUGGGCCUCGCCACCAUCCAGCAACUGCAGCGCUAAUUUAGAUCCAUAAAUGGUGCUGCUGGCCAGCAUAGUUGUAAAGACGACGGCGUUCUCCCACCCGUCCGUAAUGACGCAACAAAGACUUUCAGUACACGUGAGAUGGAAGACGGGAGGGAUGCGGUAGCACGGGAAGCAUCGGAGGGCUCCGGAGCCUGCGGUGACGGCACAUUAAGGGUGCUGCGCGUUUCAGUUCUCAAACGUUCGCGCGGCACGCCGUCAACCAGAAUGAAUCGUAGCCGCCAUCUCAUUUCAAUUGUUUCGUCAAUUAAUUAGUCUUUCAAAUAUGAGACGCAGGUCAAAUGUGUGAGUGUUUCUGCUUUCCAUUUGACUUCUCGGAGGCGGUCUCAUUUGUUUACACUGUUUUAAUGUGCCAGCAUUAAAAAAAAGUGACGGUUCGGGUCGUGUGACCUUUUGUUAAUGUGCUCACGGUUUAUGGAUGGCGACGUUCAAAAAUCUAGCACCAUUAAUGAGUUGCUCCGGGACUUCAUGCCAAGCUUUUACUUUCGGUUGUACAUGUUGUCCAUAUUAACUGUGUUUGUGUGUCUUGGGCCGAGGGUACAUCCAAAAGUGUUUCUUAAUGUCGGGCAAGUCGCGAUAAAUGAUUGAAAAUGUGCUUUUUUAAUUUGUCUUGCGAUUUUAAUAAGUCAUGUUUUAAGGUUUACAACCGAUAAAGAAAUUGCUGUGCCUUGUUUGAUCUUUAACAUAAGUUAAAGUGAAUCAGGCUGUGAAAUGGAACACCAGAUUUUUAAUCCCCUUUCAGACUUUCGACCGCAACGCGUUUAUCAUGAACUUACUGAUGGAUGGGUUGGAUCUGUAGUUGCCAUAGAAACGUUACACCGUUAUGUGUAACUAAUGGGAGCUGAGCUCCAGUUCGAUCUGUCUUUUUUAAAUAAAAAAAACCUGUUUGUUA